AUGAGGAACAUGCCGCCGCCAUCGAAGAAACGCAAAAUCGCCGUGACAGUCCCCGAAAAGAUCGAGUUUGACUUUUCCGCGCGCGAAGAGUACCUCACAGGCUUCCAUAAGCGCAAACUUGCGCGGAUAAAGCAUGCACAAGAGGAGAAUGCUAAGAGGGAGAAGGAGGAGAAGCUGAGGUUUAGGCGCGAGCUCCGAGAACAGCGCAAAGUCGACCUAGAGAAGCACGUCGAAGAAGUAAACCGACUCGUCAAGCAAGCAAAUGGCGAUCUGGACGACAUCGUUACGGGCGAGACAUCCGCCGACGAUGACGACGACGACGAAGAAGAAUUCACAGGCUUCCAAGAACCAGAGCCCAUCAAUCAGGAAGACGAGUACGUCGACGAAGACAAAUAUACAACCGUCACCAUAGAAAGUGUUGGCAUAUCUAAAGCGGGCUUCUCGAGACCAGGCGAGGAGGACGAGGAUGCUGCUGCGAAGAGAAAGGCCGAGGAGGAGAGGAAAAAGGCAGAGGAAGAGGCAGAGGGCAAGAAGAGGGUGUGGACAAAGGCUUGGCCGAAGAAUAGUGAGAGGCCUAAAAAGAAGAAGAAGAAGUUUAGGUAUGAGACCAAGACGGAGAGAAAGGCUGAGCGCAUGAAGCAAGGUUUGAAGAAGAGGAAGCAGAAGGAGGCCAGAACGAGCAAGUAG